AUGGAGGCAACUGCUAUUUGGGGAGAAAUUGAACGUUCUGAGAGUUACCUCGUCUGCUCCAUGUAUGAAGAGGCAGAGUCACUAUCUUCCUCCUUACUGGAAAAAAUUCUUGGCAACACAGAUGCUUUAACCGAAGAAGCUCUUGGUGAUCAUCAGUUUCAUGACAUGUUGGAAUCCACGGGCAUGGUUUUAGUCCAAUCCUUGCAUGGACUCAACAGGACAGCUGAGAUUGUAAAUGAGUUGAGAGAAGUGUUUGGCGAGAUUGCAGCUAUUCCUGUCCAAGUUCUUCUCACUGGAAUAUGCCUUCAAGUAUCAAACGGUUCCUACUCGGGUGUACGUGAGAUUCUGGAAGAGUUCUUUAGCGUAUGGGUUUAUAAGGACGACCACUAUGUUCUAAAUGACACUGGAUUAAGUGCAAAAAGAUUCCAUGGGACAAGACAUUUGGAGAUUGAUGAGUACAUGGAAGUUGUGGAACUGUAUACCUUUGGAGUUCUUGGAAAAGUUUCAAACGACUUGGGUGUAGCCAUUUCAUGGGUUGAGAAAGCUGCACUGCCUGAGGAAAGAAGACAGGGGCUUUUGAGAAGAUUGCAUUCUUUACUUUCUCUCAAAACAGCCAAUGCUCCUGAGGCUAGCUCUAAAGAGGAAGAUCCCAAUGAUUCUUCUUAUGCUUUAGUGAAUAGUAACAAGUCUCUGGGUAGUGAAAAGAAUGAUGAGAUUGAUUCGCUCCUGAAACUCUCUAAACAACGUGAACAGUCGUCAAUUUGGUCAUCCCAUUCUCUAAGCAUCAAGCUUGGUGAUACCCAAUAUAGCAUGUCCAAGGGAAAAGUUGCCAUUAGCCUUGUUGGACUAAUCAUCUGUUAUGCUUUGAAGAGAAAACGAGCUGCUUUCUUACGGAUCAUUAGCCGACAAAUGGAGUCCAUGAAAAAAGCAAUUUUGGAUUUCUGGAAGCUAGCGUUUUCAUACCAAGUGAACCCUCUUGCAGCUAUCCAAUCCAUACCAAGCACCGCAACAUGA